GAUGACAACAUAUGAAAUGUCACUACAGUCAAAACACUGCAUUGCAAACUACCAUAAUGUUCUCAUGUUUCUUGAAAAUGCGAAUACAGGUGUUUAAAGUAUGACUCAUCUUUUGGGCCGCCAGGACUGUGUUGACAGUCUUCGUAGAGAUUUAAUUGAUCUUCAGGGUGCUGUUCUAGACGUUUUCUCUCGAACAGGACCUGUCAGAUGUCCAUCCUGGAAAUUCCCAGAUAAACAGUCUUGUAAUCUGGACCUUGUUUUGCUGUUGGAAAAAUAUGACUUCGUUGAGGGAGAAGAAGAAUUCAACCAGCACACUCACAUAGUUUUGCUGGAGCUGGUGAUUGACAGACUGAUGCUUCUGCUGCAAAGCUUCAGCGCACACAUCGACCUCAUUUUGGGGGGUAAAAGGAAAAACCCAGGCCCCAAUCAGACCGCUCCCUCAGUGUCCAUUGGUCCAGUGGUAAAACACUUCUGGAGUAAUCUAGUGCAACUGGGAAAACAGUAUCCACGGCAGAAUGUGUUCAAACCCAGUCCAGCAGACAGAGGUGCUCAGAGCCAGCUGCACAGCACCUCCUCCCUUCAGAGCAGUAUAGCCACCCAGCCCUCCUCCUCCUCACACGGCCUCUCUAGAGCUCCCCACAGCCACCUCCGACCCAGAGCAGCACCUGGCAGCACCUCCUCCUCCUCCUCCACCCUCCUCAGCCAAUCAGCAUCCAGCUCUCUCUGGCCCACCACGCCCCCCAGCAUCCCGCCCAGUCCUGGCAUCUCGUCCGACUGGCACAGCGUGGGCGUCCAGACGGCCGAGUCGUCCCUGGUGCCGUGCGACGCGUGCGCCAGCGUGCAGGCCAGUCUGCGGGAGUCCGGCGCUGCGCUGGUCAGUCUGUGCGGGACGCUCGGCUUGCCCUGCUCCCUGCAGUGCCUCCUGGUGGUGGCGGAGGACUCGGCGCUGGCCGGUCGGCUGUCGGCCUGUGACGUGGCCCAGUGGGCGUCCCAGCAGCGCAGGGACUUGGGGCGUCUGGCCAAUCACCAUCAGGAGUCCAGGGCAGCGAUGGACGCCCUCCGAGAGCAGGUCAGGACGGCAGAGAAGGAGAGAGGGGCGCUAAGGACACAGAUGGACAGAGAGAAGGAGGAGAAGAGGAGGAUGGAGGAGGAGAGGAGAGAGGGAGAGGAGGAGGUGAAGAGACUACAGCAGGAGCUGGAGGAACUUAGGAAAGGUGUCGUUUCAAUGGAGUGCAAGAACAAAGAUCUGAGUUCUGAACUGAGUUUGCAGAGGGAGGCCCUACGCACCCUAGAGUAUGAGAGGGAUGCUCUACAGGAGGAAGUGAGGCGUCUGCAGACACAGGAAGUGACAUGGGCCCAGGUGGAAGAGAGGAGGCAGGACUUGGAGGCAGAGCUUAGCAACCUUCACUUGCUAUUGGACAAGGAAUGUGCCAAGUAUCAAAGUGCAACUCGUCAACAUGAGUCUCUACAGAUGAAACAAAGGGCUCUUCUGGAGCGUGUGGAUGCUCUGGUCUCAGAGUGUGAGGAGCUUCAGACUCGACUGGAGGAGAAAGAGGAACACACACACACACACACCUCUGAGGAGAGAGACACACUGCGGCAGGAACUCACAACCCAGCAGGCUGUGUGUGUGUCUCUGCAGGAGGAGCGGGGGCAUCUGGCGUGCCGCGUGGCUGAGCUGGAGAGCAGCGUUGGGGGUCUGAGGGCCGAGCUGGACCAGGCUGCCCACAGGGAGAGGAUGCUGGUGGCCUUCCCCGAGCUCACUCCCAUCCCACAGGGGGUGCCACAGAGUACGGGCGAUGUUCUGGGGGACAUGGAGCAGCAGCUGCAGGUGAACCGUCUGCGGAUCAGCGUCCUGGAGCAGGAGAACGCCACGCUGACCAGCAGCCUGGACAAGCUGAGGGCCACGAGGAGACUCAGAGCUGCUGACCAGCCUGCAUCGUGUCCGAGUGUGUGUGACUCAUCUAAACACCUGCAGCAGGCGUAUCCAGCUAAUGCUGCCCACAGUGCACAUUACAGCCAUCAGCCAUCACACUGCAGCAUGACUGAGGGUUCACAAAGUGUUGGGAUGAAGGAAUGCAACAGUUUGCACACAGAACCCACAACAUCCCGACUUUUCGUGCGUGGCAGACCAGAGGGUGCAUCAGAGGAGGCUUGA